CAUCCGGGGCCAGAGCCUCACUCGAGAAAUCCAGUCCUGAUUUCUCUUCUCUCGCAGGUGAUUGUGGAAAAAGUCUCUGGCUCUCAGAUUGUUGACAUUGACAAACGGAAGUACCUGGUUCCAUCUGACAUCACUGUGGCUCAGUUCAUGUGGAUCAUCAGGAAAAGGAUCCAACUUCCUUCUGAGAAGGCAAUCUUCCUCUUUGUGGACAAGACAGUCCCACAGUCCAGCCUUACUAUGGGACAGCUUUACGAGAAGGAGAGAGAUGAAGACGGAUUCUUGUAUGUGGCCUACAGCGGAGAGAACACGUUUGGCUUCUGAGGGCCAGCGCGGGGCUAGGUGCACCAUUCCUGUUUGUGGAUCUUGUAAAUAGCCAGCCGUUUUCAGUUACUACACAGACCCUUUCGACAUAGACCGAUUAGUGCAUUUGUAACUGGAUUUAUUUCUUAAUAUAUUGGAAGGUUUUGUUCCUUAGAUAGUAAAUUAUCAGAGUUUAUUUUGAGUUUUUCUUUUUGUGCAUUGUGCUCAUGGCUCUAAGCCCCAGGGAACUAUUCCUCUGGGAACCAUAUUUAAUGAAAAUAUUUCCACAUUGAAGUGAAGUAGGUGAGGUAUUAAGGUGACAGAGAGGGAGAUGACACAUUGGUUCUGGAUUAUGUCUGAAGUGUUAGAUAGCUAAGUAUUAAAAGCAUCCAGAUAAAUCCUUAGCAAUCAGAACACUUGCUUCACUAGAUUUUUGCCAACUGCCAAUCAUGUUGGACUGAGCUAAUCUGUUCCUCUUUCUGAAACUUAAGGUAAAUGAUUAACAAUAAAACUUCUCUUGCGAAGGCA